GUUAGCCCCCGCGCUCAGAGCCUCAGAUGGAGGAGCAGGUAGCCAUGUUGUAGCCGCGGAGCGCAGUAGAGUCAACACACACAGACCCCCCGAAGGAUCGUUUCUGUUUCGCGUGUACUUCACACAAGGCGCCUGUCCGUUUCUCUGCCAGAAGCUCCCAGUCACGGACAGCACCAUGAGCGGCGGGACCCCCUACCUCGGCAGCAAGAUCAGCCUGAUCUCCAAGGCCGAGAUCCGCUACGAAGGCAUCCUCUACACCAUCGACACCGAGAACUCGACAGUGGCGCUGGCUAAAGUUCGUUCGUUCGGCACUGAAGACCGGCCCACCGACCGGCCAAUUCCGCCUCGGGAUGACACGUUUGAGUACAUCAUCUUCAGAGGCAGCGACAUCAAGGACCUGACCGUGUGCGAGCCACCCAAACCCACCUGCUCGCUGCCCCAGGACCCUGCCAUCGUCCAGUCAUCUAUGAGCUCCAGCUCCUCGUCCGCCACGGCGCCAACCCCAUUCCAGUCAGCCGGUUCCUACGGCCUCUUCAGCCGAGCUCCGGUCCCCGCCUACAGCCAGUUCAACAGCAGCCCGUUGGUGUCGCCGCAGCUUGGUGCUGCAGGUCGAACCAGCCCAGGUAACCUGGACCCUCUGAGGAAGAGUCCGGUCCUGGAUCAGGCAGCCAGCGCCGCCCCCUCAGCCACCACCACUACUGCACCGGCUCCUGGCCUGGGACGCCGAAGCCCCGCCCAUGGCCGCACAGCCUCCUCAGGACAGAGCAGCCAGAAGGCGCAGCACUCGCAGGAGAGCGUGGACACGAGGAGAGCUGCCGCGGGUGCUCCGUCUAACAGACGCGGCAGAGGAGGCGGUCACCGCGGCAGAGGACGCUUCAAUGUGCGCCGGGACGGCCCAAUGAAGUUCGAGAAGGACUUUGACUUCGAGAGCGCCAACGCGCAGUUCAACAAGGAGGAGCUGGAGCGCGAGUUCCAGAGCAAGCUGAAGCUCCGAGACGAGAAGGCACUCAACGGCGAGGAUAAAGGCGACUCUGGCGUGGAGACUCAGAAUAGCGAGAGCAACGCCGACGACGAGUGCGACCCGCUCGGGCCCAACUGCUACUACGACAAGUCCAAGUCGUUCUUCGACAACAUCUCCUGCGAUGACACGAGGAAGACGAGCGAGCGGUCCGGAGGGUCGGGGUUCCCGAGGGAGCGGAGGCAAACGUGGGCGGAGGAGCGGCGGAUGAACGCUGAAACCUUCGGCAUCCCUCUGCGUCAGAGCCGAGGUCGCCAGGGCUACCGUGGCCGCGGCGGCACAGGUUAUCGCGGUGGGGGUCGCCCGGCCAGCCGGGGCUCCUUUGGGCCACCGCAGGGAGGCGGUGGCGGCUACAGGGGAGGAUACAGAGGAAACCAGGCCGGCCGGGAGUUCGCCGACCUGUCGGCGUACCGGAAGGACGACAAAGUGGCGUCGUAGUAACGGUGGGAGGAGUCGUCGGCACAGAGGCGGAGCUUCUUCAGAGGAAGACGAGUAGUUGUUGCUGUUUUGUUGAAAAUAAUGAAGUUGUGUAUUUGUCACCAGCACCGGUGUCGAUGCUUGAUGCAGCGUAACCUUCCAUGUCUGUCAGCGGCAGCGGCGAGAAAUCCUCGCAGGCAGCAGCGAGGCGUUUCUGUCAUGCCGUCUGUGACGACUUGUCCGACCAAUGCCUGCUGACGUAGCUUUACGGGCACUUACUUUCCUCUAACUUCAUCGCCAAAAUGGCUGCCCGCUCGCUCUCACCUUUUGUAAUGUGUAUUUUUCUACUGCUGCGUAGACUUCCUGCGUUCUUCUUCGUUGCCGACCCGCUCGCCCUCACGCGUCGUGACCCGCUGUUUCUUUCCCACGUUUCCUUUGGUUGUGGAAUAGGGUUUGGUGUUUUCUCCCUCGGUGUCGCGGUCUCACGUUAGCGUAGCCGCCGACGUGCACACGUCACUGGCGUUUCUUUUUCUUUUUUUCUUCCCGGGUCACACACUAACCGAAAGGUCAAAGUUCACCUUUCUGUCGCCACUUUGUUUUUCCUCAUAGUUUGUUUCAGUUGGAGGUGCUGCGGGAAGUACGGAGGACGUUUAAUGCUUAAAUUAAUCCGUUCCCACAGAUUCAUUAGAAUUCCAUACUUACCAUAUGGAAGGUUUAAAAUGCCACCGUUUAGAAAAUAACUUGUAGAUGGUUCACUUCAUGUUCCUUGAGCGUGUUCAGUGAUAGUUCAGGAACUAAGAUGUCAAAUAAACUUUAUAAAGAGUGAGAAAUGAAACCUGCAGCAACAGGAAGUGCUAGAAAUAUUUUAAUUCUGACACAUUAAAAACAAAUGAACUAAAUCAGGCGUGAUAUUCGAUGUUUGCUGUCAGCUGUGAGAGUCCUAAAGACACGUACAGAUGAUUGAAAUCACACUGACACAUUAAAAGCGUCUGCAGACAAAACUGAAGCUUUUUCUUGAUUUAGGCAUUUAAAGUCUUCCGUAGUAGAGUGCGUUUUGCACUUUCCUCAUCGUUAACUCGUUCGUACACUAAAUAACUCUGCGUUACGGUUACCCUAACGCGUGAGCCCGUAGCCGCUGCAGGAAGUGAUGUCAAGUAGAACAAGCACGAGCUCGCUGUAGCAUCGUAGGUUAGCAAUAUUCAAACUCUUGGCGGGUUCUUACUAACGUGAGUCCUGACUCCGCCCCCUCACAGCCAGGCACGUGCAGUGUGACCUCAGGAUGCGUUCAGGGUUUCCUUGGCGGUGAACGCAUCCUCUCAGUUUGAUUCUCGCUGCUGUGAUUGACAACAGGUCGAUGCCCCCGCCGUCCAAUCACAGAGAGACUUGAACAGGAAGCGAGAGAUUUUGGACUCGAUGUGUCACAGGACUUGAUUUAAAGGCCAGUACGGAAGCUCAUCAGGGCCAGUAAAGGUGCAGAGUAAUGGCUGGAUGGACUGGAGUUUAUAUUUGGCCGUGAUGGGCCUCCGUAGGUGUUGGAGCUGCACUUUGACACGUGUUUAAAAAUCAAACUUGUUGAAAAUAAUUGUGUUUUUAAUGAUGACACGAGCAAAAUAAAUUGAAGUCACUGAU